CUUGGCGUAGGAUUCGAACCUCCGUCGCGGACGACACAAUCGUCCCCUCCGCGAAGACGACGAUGGAGCAGGGGUUUAGCCAUUUCUGCUAGAACCCUAAAGCCAGUUCCUGCAACCCGCCUUCGGACAGAGCCAUGGCCACGUCCUUGCUGCUGCGACGCGCCGUUUCAUGUCGAAGCGUCCUCCUCCGCCGGUGCAUCGACCUCCAGAGCCGCGAUUUCUCUGCCGCCGUCGCUCGCCCCGGCGGCGUCUCGUCCGAUCCCGCUCGCCGGAUCGGACCUCCGUCCCUCGCCCCCGCCGAAUUCAUCAUUGAACGCCAGGGAUUCGCCAAAGGCAAAAAAUCAAAGGAUGAUUCGGCUGCCGGUUCGGUCGACGUCGCGACGGACAUCGGGCCCAGCGUCAAGGAAGCUGCCAAGUCCCAAAUGGAUGCCGCCGUGGUGGCGUUGUCGCGCGAAUUGGCGAAACUUAGGACUGGGAGGGCCUCCGCAGGGAUGCUCGAUCACAUUAUAGUGGAGACCGGUGGCGUGAAGAUGCCUCUGAAUAGGUUAGCCGUCGUGUCGGUGAUUGAUCCGAAGACGCUGUCGGUCAAUCCUUAUGAUCCGAAUACAGUGAAGGAAUUAGAGAAAGCUAUUGUUUCUUCUCCUUUAGGAUUAAAUCCUCAGGUGGAUGGUCAGCGUCUGAUUGCCAAUAUUCCUCCGUUGACAAAAGAGCAUAUGCAGGCAAUGAAUAAGGUGGUUGCCAAGUCCUGUGAAGAUGUUAAACAGAGUAUAAGAAGGGCUCGCCAAAAGGCAUUGGAUACAAUAAAGAAAGCCGGUUCCAGUUUCCCCAAGGACAAUGCGAAAAAAUUGGAGAAAGAGGUAGAUGAGUUGACUAAAAAAUUCGUUAAAUCAGCCGAGGAGAUUUGUAAAGCAAAGGAAAAGGAGAUCAUUUCUGGCUAAACUGUUGUCGUUAGCAAUUUGUAAUGAAAUCGAGAUCUCGUCUGAAGAGUAGUCAUCUAGGCACCGAAAAUUUCGUAAAAUUUGUUCCUCUGAUCGAUUGGGAAUUUUUGUUGUUGUCAUAUUUAAACUUACGGACGGAACCGACCGUUUAUAUAUAUGGUUGGGCGGAUCUGUGUGGCUUGAUGACA